AUGAAGUACAUCGAGCUUCCCGAGCUCUCUCGCCUUGCUCAAGCGCUCACCCACGAAGGCCCGGAGUGUUCUGUGCACACUCGCAUAGAGGCAUACAGCUGCAAGAACAUCAAGCGUGACAAGAAACUUUUCCGGUCGCUCGAGAACGCAUACAAUGAUGAGGUCUCCAGCUCGCCACCCAUCCCUUCUUUCAUGGCACUCGAGCGCGAGCCCGAUAUGACCCCUUUCGGCCCCAUGCAGGAACACCACUCGCGUAAGACACUCUACCUCCUCAUCGCCACUCUCAACAUCGCAUUUCCUGACCACGAGUUCUCCGACGUCCGACCGUGGCACUUCAGCCGCGAGGAGAGUGGCGCGAGCGUGCUAACCGCUCUCAGCACCACUCUGAUCUCUCCUCACCGCGCAGGCAUGCAAGCACCGCGCACCUACUCCGCAUACCCACCUACCUCUGCCGACUUCUUCCCUUCAUCAGUGCCGACAUCCUCCUCUCCCAUAAAUUAUGUCAAACCGAGUCCCUAUGCACCGUCGAAGGUGGUCUCAGGCACCCAUCCUACGCUGUAUCGAAUACUGGACGAAGUGAUCGGGCUGAAGGAGUGUGAGGUCUAUUCCUACACGCCGGAUAUGGAAUUUGACCCUCAUGCGAACGAUUAUUCCGAUGACGAAGACGACGUUGCAUCCGUCGGAGACGAAGACUCGUCUACUGACGAGGAUGAACUCGGAUUCCAGUUUGACGAUUACGACAUUGACGAGAUACCACAUCGUCCGACUUGGCAGAGUGCGAAGAGCGGGCGCACCGCAUCUAGCGAGGACUCGGACGACUUUCCCUUCCGAAUGUCGUCUUCGAUGCACAUUCGAAUGAAGCGGCGGGGUGCCCUUCUUUGGAGCUCACAUUGGUUCUUUUUGAACAGGAAGUUGAAGAGGAUAUUGUUCAUCACGGUGUGGGCGAGAUCCAAAGGCAUCAGCUCGUGGAUCGAUGAGGAUAUGCACGUCGCAUCAGAGAAAGUUGGCGAGAGAUUCUUGGGGUGGGACGGUGCUAUCGGCGCCGGUGCAAGAGCAAUGGGCCUCAGCGCUUCAAUAUGA